GCAGAUCAUGGUUCUCAAGGCAUCAACCAUCAAGGCAACGCCCUUCACUACAUUCCUACUGUUGGUAAUGAUCUUCGUCGUGGUGGUGUUCUUCCAGGCUGCUCCUUCCAGUCAGCCUCACAACAGUAAUGACACUAACGUCUGGAACGAUCACAGUCAACAAACUUUUGCCAGACAAAUGAGAGAGCUGCAAGAGGGCCACCAGAGGACACUGAUGCUACUGAACAAACUCUUCUGUGAGGCCAACUUGGUGCUGCCAUCUGGCGGGUUCUGCCUAGACAAGGAUAAACUCAUUGUUGGUUGGAACUACUACUGGAGUGCCAAGCUGUGUGCUGCCCUGGAGACACUCUUCGGGAGUUCUACCGUGGCUGACCUCGGUGCUGGUCUGGGUCACUAUGGUAGAUGCUUCCUGCGUAACACAGAAGGCAUACUGGUCCACCCCAACACCGAAGAUAUCGAUUAUAUCAACAAAGAAUACCACAACAAAAUGGAAGAGGCCGGGCUUAAUGGAACUUCACAAGUCAUAAAAUCAUGGAACGGUUGGGACGGAGCGGCAAACAUUGAUGAGUUUACCGGAGGGAAGAUAGCAUACGUGGACCUUUCGAGUCCCGUCAACCUCGGAGGUCCUUUUGACUGGGUGAUGAGCCUGGAGGUGGGCGAACACAUCCCUCAGUCAGGAGAGAAGAACUUUUUAGACAACCUCGUUAAACAUGCGUGUGUAGGUGUGGUGUUGUCGUGGGCGGUGCUGGGACAACCGGGACAUGGCCAUGUCAACUGCCACUCCAAUGACUACAUCAGGAAGGAAAUGCUGUCCCGGGGUCUAGUGACAGACAAAGUGGCCGUGAAGUUAAGAGCUAUGGUCGACAUAGCACAUUUUAAGAACACUCUUAUGGUCUUCAGGUAUCCGAAGAAGAGGUGUUGAAUUCCACCUGUUCCUAUGAACAUUCUCCUUUACUCACCUUUUCCUUCUUCCUAUCCCUUCUAUCCUCUGUGUUUAGUGGAACGCACUCGAGGUUUAUCCAACACACUUGAUAUAUACACUGAGAUGUGUAUAUUACAGAUAUUAUUGUUACCUCUUAUCACCCUUCUUCAAUUCAUUAUAAUUUAUAUAUUUACCAGUUAACCUAAAUACUGACAUCGACAAGGAUCUAAAUCUAUAUAACCUACAUCGCAAUCAACAUUUAUCUGGCAGUAACUGUCUUUACAACACAGCAACAGCCGGGUUGUGGUUCGUAAGUCAGUUUGCAUGCGGCCACGGUAACAGCCUGGUUCAUUAGACCCUGAUCCACCACAAGGCCUGGUCUCAGACCAAGCAGCGGGUGCUGCGACCCCUGAAACACACUCCAGGUAUACUCAAGGUAACAGAAGCCAUUACUGUCCACAGCAACGCCAGAAAUAUUACAAUUUUGAAUUACAACAUUAGAUCCCUAAGUAAACACUAUGAUGACCUCCUGGCACUCUUAGGUUCAUUAAAGACAAACCUCUGUGUUUCUCUUAUUAAAACCUUGCUUAAGCAAGACACAAUAAACAUCUACACACUACCAGGAUACACAGCAAUUUACAGCUGCAGGCCAGAACAAAUUGGAGGUAGUUUCACUAUUAUUUUAACGAUCUAUCAUGUUGUAUCACAACUUGUUAGUGGUGAAUAUGGUGAAUAUAUAUUUGCAAAUUUCUCUGUAAAAAAACAUUGACUCCUAUAACAAUUCGUGCCAUGUACAGGAUGCCUCAUACUAAUAUCCCGACUUUGUGACAAACUAGAAACAUUAGUAAACAAAUGAACAAGCGCCAUCUGCUUCUAGCUGGAGACUUCAACAUUAACUUUGACCUAACAGAUGACUAACCAGAGGCGGAGGCGUUGACCCCCCGAAACCCUCUCCAGGUAAAAUCCAGGUGGCCUUUAAAGGCCCGGUGAUCUUUACAGUGGCCCGGUGGCCUGGUGGCUAAAGCUCCCGCUUCACGCACGGAGGGCCCGGGUUAGAUUCCCAGCGGGUGGAAACAUUUCGACACGUUUCCUUACACCUAUUGUCCUGUUCACCUAGCAGCAAAUAGGUACCUGGGUGUUAGUCGACUGGUGUGGGUCGCAUCCUGGGGGACAAGACUAAGGACCCCAAUGGAAAUAAGUUAGUCCUCGAUGACGCACUGACUUUCUUGGGUUAUCCUGGGUGGCUAACCCUCUGGGGUUAAAAAUCCGAACGAAAUCGUAUAACAAAACCAGUAAGGCUAACUGAGAUGCGUGCAACCAUAAUUGACCUUUUAUGGACAAAUAUACUAGUUCCCCCUAAAUUAGGAAUAAUCAGACAACACUAUCCACUACCUUACCUUCCUCCUAACAAACAUUGUAAAUUCUCUUUUCGACUCCAUGAUGAGGCUUCAGUAAGUAACUUCACUGCUCGGUUGACUGGCCUACAGAAUUUUCUAUUGCUGAUGGUAUUACCUGGAGUUUACCUGGAGAGAGUUCCAGGGGUCAACGCCCCCAUAGGAAGACAAUUUCGCAUUGUCCCAUAAGAGCUAAGCAUCACUAAUAAACGACUGAGUUACCCAUGGCUUGCUAACAGCAUUCUAAGAUCCAUCGAUAAGAAAUACCAUUGAAUUUAUUAAACUCACUACGUCAGUCCUCACCAAGCUAGUAUACCUGGAGAGGGUUCUGGGGGUCAUUGCCCCUGUGGCCCAGUCUGUGACCAGGCCUUAUGGUGGCUCAGGGCCUGAUCAACCAGGCUGUUACUGUUGGCUACACGUAACCCAAUGUACGAACCACAGCCUAACUGGUCAGGUACUGACUUUAGGUGCUUGUCCAGAGCCUGCUUGAAGACAGCCAGGAGUCUAUUGGUUAUCCCCCUUAUGUGUGCUGGGAGGCAGUUUAACAAUCUUGGGCCCCUGACACUUAUUGUGUUGUCUCUUAUCAUGCUAGUGACACCCCUGCUUUUCAUUGGGGGGAUGUUGCAUCAUCUGCCGAGUCUUUUGCUUUCAUAGGCAGUGAUUAGUACUAAUCCCUCUAGAAUUUUCCAAGUGUAUAUAAUCAUGUAUCUCUCUCACCUGCAUUCUAGGGAGUACAAGUUAAGGAACCUCAAGCAUUCCCUGUAAUUAAGGUAUUUUAUCACAGUUAUGCAUGCCAUGUAGGUUAUCUGUACAUUUUCUAGGUCAGCAAUUUCACCUGGCUUGAAAGGUGCUGUUAGUGUGCAGCAACAUUCCAACCUAUACAGAACAAACAACCUGAAGUUUCUCAUUAUCCAUCCUGUCAUUUUUCUAGCAGAUACGAUUGAUACAAUGUUGUGGUCUUUGAGAAUGAGAUCCUCUGACAUAAUCAUUCUAUUGUAUGAUUGGAAUUUGUUUUAUACUCACGUUUUCUAUGUCCGAGUAGUUAAAAUUUCUCAUUGUUGAACUUCAUAUUGUUUUCUGCGGCCCAUUUAAAGAUUUGGUUGAUGACCACCUGGUCAUCAACCAAACACCAGUGUAAGAAAGUCUAAGGAACUGUAGGUGGCCCGGUGGCCUGGUGGCUAAAGCUCCCGCUUCACACAUGGAGGGCCGGGUUCGAUUCCCGGCGGGUGGAAACAUUUCGACACGUUUCCUUACACCUAUUGUCCUGUUCACCUAGCAGCAAAUAGGUACCUGGGUGUUAGUCGACUGGUGUGGGUCCGCAUCCUGGGGGA